AUGUCGUCGUACAAUAUGGGCAGCCGUCGUAUGCCGCCGAAUGAUCCUUUCCCGCCUGCAGAUGCAUCACAUCUUGGAUCAACCAAUUCAAGUGCCGCCUUUGCCCCGCGGUAUCCGCGGUCUCAACUGGCAAGGCCAACCAACUCUACAACACGAACAAGUCGGGCAUCUUCACUAUCAGCUGCUGAAGACACUCGUUCAAUAACGGCUUUGCCAUCGGUGUCCCAUCAGCUUCCAAGCCGUGCGAAUCGACUGUCAUUGAUACCACGUCCAAGCCCUGGCGGCGUUGGAUCCUCACCAUCUCCUGCAUCGACCGUAUCACCUCAAACACCGGCUUCAUCAAUUCCUUCGUCGCAUUCUGCCUCUGAUCUAACCAUACCCUCCCCCUUUGCGCUAAGCUACCAAGCUUCACCCGCCAAUCCUCCCAAACGACCACGCAAUGUCCUUCGCAGAAAGGCACCGACAAUAGGAAGGCAUGUGGAGCAGACCCAAUCGCAGAAGCUUAGCCUGGUUAUUCCACAGCCCGCUCAGCCCGCCAAUACGAAAGAGGAGCCUGAGCCUGGACUUCCCAAUCUUCCAGAUUCCUACUUCGCUGGACCUCCCGCAUCCUCUCAAAGUACGUCAGAUCGGAUGGAGAAAUAUGCAAUGGAGGCCGCAAAGAAGCAGGAACCGGUCGAAUUGGCUAGCCUCCGUACCACGGUCAACACCCAAAAUUUACCGCCACCUUCGGCUGCUUACUAUCCGUCUGCGAGUACACCCUCAACCCGAUACUCAGAGUCCCCUGGCAUGUGGAGCCGGGGAUCAACACCAACUUCAUUAUCUUCUUACUCUCCAGGCGUCAUACACUCGACCAAGGUUGGACGUAUGAGACAGCCAAGUCCGUCCCAGAUCAGGCUUCCCGUUUUCUCGCCAUCGGCAGUGCAUACAAGCCCUCAAAGUGUCCGCAUUGAACAAGCGGAGCCACAUGUUCCAAAGUCAGCACGGCCAAAAAGAACCCCUGCACCUGGAUCCGCUACGAACUCAGCCGGUCAAGGACAACCUAGUGUCAAAUUGGUCCGCACAAAUAUUCCAGGCCCUCCCCACAGCCCCCCACCAAGGAAGUCAUCUGUCAAUUUCAGCCCACCCAGGGAUACCCCAUCUAAGAACCCUGAUAUAGAUGUGGACAAGGCCAGGAAGGAAGUCGAAGAGGCAGAGCGAGAGCUCUUCAAUUCCCAGAAAGCAAUGGCCACACCAGUCUCGGCGACAAGUGUACCAAGUGUACCGAAAACACCCCCACGACCAAGCCGAGAAGGCACGCAUCGCUUGUAUUUGGAGACAUCCCCGGUCAUACAAAGCAAUCUACCUUAUCUCAAGUCGACAGGCCACAAAAGACGCGAGUCAGCAGAGAGGAUUCGGAUAGGUGGACAACCAUAUUCUGCUCAAUCCCAGUCUGCUGCAGCCUCGACGGAUUCACUGCGAUCUAAGGAUCUGUCUCGGGUCCCCUCGCGAGAGGCUGGUUCUUCAGUGCUAGCACGCAAAUCGCCCAAGACCUUGAUCAAGGAACCCCCUAAAGAGAAAGUUGAUUCGAAGAAACCUGCGGCACAAAAGCGAUUCGGGCUUUUCACCAAGAAGUCCAAGCCAGACCUCGAUACUGCCGCUGGUGAUGCUCGGCCGCCAAGGAAAGGACCCGCGGCAGGAACUGGUCAUGAGGGAUAUGGAAAAUAUUCCCAGCGUGGUAGGAAAUCAAGUGCCAGUAGUGCCAGUGGCGUCAGGGCCCGGUCGACAAGUACAACACGAAGCGCAUCCCGUUCAAUUUCAAGCAGCAAGGGAAGCAUGUCAUCUAGUCGCCCGGAUCUAGACCUGGAUGAUUUCCUCUCGAGUCGGCUUGAACCUGUUAUCAUUAGCGGUGGAGGGAUGGAUGGCAACCCUCUUUCACGAACCCAGAGUGAGCAGAGCAUCAGCAGCCUGAGUGUGACUUCUUCAACUGUGGCCCAUCCAGCCCCGCUCACCUCUUCUACUGCCCCAUCAACCGAGUCAUUGGCGACUUCUACUGGUACUUUUGGCGGAUCCGACCCUCCUAUCGAGUCAACGACUAGCUUGGGACCGGUCAAAAGUCCAGCAAAUAAUCUGGCUCCUGCAAACCGCGAACAACCAAGAUCUCGUAUGCCAGUUCCCAAGGGCAAGAGACAUGGGGCAUAUGCGGAUCCAGAGGCUUCGACAACUAGCAUAUCACUCCCGAGUCAUAUUCCGAGCACUGUUCUCUCGCAAAGCUCGACAGGGGCUCCGACUAUGGCUACUCAACAAAAGGAACCAGCAAAGCAUGACCCACCACAGGCCAAGAAAGGAAAGGCAUCUCGGUGGAAUUUCUUUCAGAGAAACCGUGUCAACGAGCCAGAAGCUGCUGCACCACCUGCCAUUGUUCCCCCUUCCCAUACUGCCCAACUUCAUGCUGCGAUUUCUCCAGUGCUCAAUAGUCGUCCCAUUGCUCACUACGCUCUCAUGGAUACGGAUUCAGAUGAACUCGAUGAUAUUCUCAAGAAAGUGGAAGACUCGCCCCCGACCGAAGAAGAGCAAUACGUUGCGCCAGUUGAGGUGCCGGCGGGCUUGAACAUUAAGAAACGACAUCCCUCUAUCUUACUGCCAUCACCGCCGAAGAUGCAUGGUGAGUUUGAGCGAGACGGUCGACCAUCGCCAAGAACCGCUAUGGUCAAUUGCAACAUGAUAGACCCAAGCCCAGGGAGUAGCCCUGAAGAUCGUCGACCGAGACGACUGGCUUCCGUAGGUCGGAUCCCGCAAGUGGUGUCGAGACGUGACAGGCAGCAUAAACCGGCUAUGCAUUCUUUCUCUCGACCAUUCAGUGCUGUUGAAUCGCCGUCCAUUAUGGCACCCAUGAUGGAGGGCGCAAAUGAGGACCCUGGGUUUGAUGAACUACCGCCUGCCAAUAUUCCCUCUAGCCAGCCAGGCGAUUGGGGCUACGGAUUCAACCCCGCAUUCAGUGCCCCGGAGGCAGCGAGCGCUUUGGAGUUUCUCGCUGGGCCUUAUUCAGCAAACGAACUCAUCCACUUCUCGCCAUACAAGGAUUCUCCUUCGUCAAACAGCUCCGGAGCUUUAGCGGCAGUGACAGCCGUGGUGCCCAAGCCUGGCACCGCACCAACCGAGGAUGAAGUAUGGAACGAGUAUGAUGAUCUCAUUGACCACGUUCUCUCCCCCGAAGAGCCAAAGCCCGAUGUCUCUGGUAAGCCUGAAGAGGCUGAUAGAUUUGAGAUGGCGACCAUGGCCAGUAGAGCUUUGCAGCAUGAGUUGAACGAUGCCAACUCCCUUCAGCCACCACCCUUUUCGCCUGCUGCGAUUUCUACUCGUGAUAGCACCGACUCAGUUCGUCUUCGCCGCUCGAUGAUUGUCUCGGCUUUGCACUCGUCCAUUGCGCCAUCCACACAGCCAUCGUAUAGCAAUCUCAUUGCUAGUUAUGGCGACCCGGAGGUGAUGAACAGCCCCGCAAACCCGACACAGCCUUCCUUGGACCCGGUGCAGGAGCAACAGUCGACAUUCCUCCAAUCUCUUGCAGCUGCGCCUACCCCGAAACCCAAGUCUCCUGAAAUCAGGGGCUUUCCAGGAUGCUCAGAGCGUGAUUGGGAUGCUGUCACCCGCACUAACAUGCGAUCGGCGUCUCUCAUGACUAGUCGAUGGCUGUCGUUUGGGCGGGUCCUUUUCAGUCCCGCGCACAACCAUGUCAAGUCCGGCACACAUGGGAGAAUUCUCGUCAUUGAUGGGUUGGGGAAUGAUGACUGGUCGUUCUACUGCUCUUUGACUUACCCUGACGCGGAGGUGUACAGUUUGAGUGGCCGGCCGGUCUCGACAACGAUUCCUCACCCUGCAGCAUGGCAGCCUCCUACCAACCACCACACGGUGUACCAUGCUGGCCUUCAGAAUCCUCUCCCAUUUCCCAAGGACUACUUCACCGCUGCCGUCUUGCGUUUCCCCAUAGCAAGCUCCGAGACUAUUCAGAGCAAUAUAAUCCAGGAAUGCCGCCGCGUCCUCCGUUCUGGCGGUUACCUGGAAAUGUGUCUUUUGGACCGAGAUAUGGUCAAUAUGGGCGUUCGCACUCGUAAAGCGGUCCGCCGACUGAAAGAAAUGACAUGUCUCACCAACUCAAGCAUCAGUCUCAAGCCAACUAGCGACAGUGUUCAGCGUCUGAUCGGAACCCAAGGGUUCGACAAUCUCCGCCGUUGCAUAGUGCGGAUCCCUGUUGCAGGAAUGAUCGUCCGCUCCUCCGGAUCAACCACAUCCUCAUCGAACAAGUCCCUCUCCGCAACAGCUACCACUACGUCCACUGCAUUCUCGCUUCCUGCUGUCUCCGCCUCCACGGCGACACACGGUCAAAGCACCCAGACUGCAUCCAAGUCAUCGCCUUCCGACGACAACAUCUCCCUAGGAGACCUCCUCUCCGACCCGACUCCAUCAGCCGCAAAUGACGAGUCGAUUGCUAAGAUCGUGGCUCGCGUCGGCCGCUGGUGGUAUACCAAGUGUUACGAGGACCCAGCCCUCCCCGUCACCGGUGACAACGACCCAAGCAUGUGGACUGACCGCAAAGUCCUCCGCGAGUGCCAGAAACGUGGCACCGGGUUCCGCAUGCUGAUCGCCCAUGCGCAGAAGCCGAGUGAGAAGCGGCGUACUGCAAGUGUCUAA